AGCGCAGAUGCAUCAACAGGGAUCCAUACUGUCCGGCAACUUCGCAAUGGCCGACGGCCGUGAGAAUAAGGACCAGGCCUUGUUGGAGCGAAUCCUGCAGGAGCUACGACUGAAAGCGUGUACCCGCCUCUCCUCCCAGGACAGCACUGAUGCGUCGCCCUCCAACGGCACUGAGUCGCCGGUAUCUAGCUGGGCCUCUCCGAUCUUGAGCUGGUCCACUCCGGUGAAAGCCCCGAUUCUGCCGUUGGCGGAGCUUUUGCCGCUGGCUCCGGCGCGCAGAUGUGAGACAUGGCGCAUCGUGAACCCUGGCGCCAAGUUCAAGGCCAGCUGCGGCUUUCCGCUGGUCUCCCCGCAAUUCAGCAAUGAUCUCCUGGAAGACUUCCGAGUGAUCUUUGCCCCGGGCUCCGCCUGGAAGGGCCGCAAGCCCAAAGAGUCCCCGCAGGCUUCGCGGUUUGGCUCCCUCCAGUUGAAGUUCCUCCUGGGCGAAGACAAUGGCACCGAGCUGCAGAUCUUCUUCACCGUGGGCGGCGGCGGCGUCGCCAGUCGCCUGGGGCCCUUCAAAGCCUCCAGCCGCCACAGCGUCUCGGAGAUCUGCGAGCUGCCCGUCGACUGGCGAACCCAGGAGCACUCGGUGCUGACCAUCGGUGUUGAAAUCGUCGCCGCCUAGAGAUCAAACAGCAAUCAGGAGUACAGAGGUCGUGACCACCCUGAGUUCUCUCGUCUGCUUUCAGCUCCGGUCCAUGGAGUGGACAUCCGGGAGAUAUUUUUACCUAGUUGUCUUGGGAU